CUGUUAGCAACUUGUGGCUAGCUCGCUACCGAGGAAGGCAUAUCACCGAAGGAUCUUGUUCUGACACCACCCUGAGUCAACGACUGUCCACUCGUUCAUAAUUCUGUCAGUGAAGUCCAGAUGCAUGAGUCUCGGUCAGAACCAGCAGGCCACACCAUUCAAGCAAGUCAGGCAGAGAACAGAAAUCAUACUGAGAAUGAGAGUCGACUGAAGAGUGGCCAGACUCCUCCUCCAGAGGUGCCCAGGUGCCCAGAGAAACCUUUCAAUGGAGACUCUCAGGUUCCAGUGUCAUUGUCCAUGAUGACCCCACCAGCAGAGGCUCCAAAGCAGUUACAGCAGACACCACAGCAGCAGGUCCUCAGUCCCCAGCAGCUGCAGGCCCUGCUGCAGCAACAGAAGGCACUCAUGUUACACCAGCAACAAAUUCAAGAAGUCUUCAAGAAUCAACAAGAGCAGCUGAAUAUGCAGCUGCUGCAACAGAAGAAUGCUGGGAUUGUUAGUCAAGAGCUGACAGCCCAGCAGAUUGCCAUCCAGCAGCAGCUCCUUCAGGUGCAGCAGCAACAUCUCCUCAACCUACAGAGGCAAGGUCUGCUCUCUGUGCUUCCCACCAACCCUGCUAUAGUCCCAGGUUGUGAGAAUGGCAGCAUCUUCGCCUCUGCCGGAGACAUCAGAGAAUCUUGCGGUCAGCAGUCCACCAUCAACGGUCAUCAAACUCUUCUGAAGAGGAAAGAAAGUGGGUCUCUGGAUGAAAACACACAGAAUAACCAUCCUCUGUAUGGAAAUGGCAUGUGUAAAUGGCCUGGCUGCGAAACUGUUUUUGGAGACUUUCAGGCAUUUAUCAAACAUUUGAACAGUGAACACACACUUGAUGACAAGAGUACAGCACAGUGUCGUGUCCAAAUGCAAGUGGUUCAGCAGCUGGAGCUUCAGCUGAAGAAAGAUAAAGAGCGGCUGCAAGCUAUGAUGGCUCAUCUGAAGUCCUCUGAACCCAAACCUGCAGCGCAGCCUGUAAAUCUAGCAUCUAAUGUCUCCUUCUCCCAGGCAACAUUGCCCAAAGGUCCUCCUCCUAUGAGCCUUUCCCAGAGUGCCACAGCACCAUCCACACCCCUCACACCACCCACUGAAUGCCCCUCAGUCCUCACUCCUAAUAGCAUGUUUACUGGAACCCCAGUACGGAGGCGAUAUAGCCGCUCUGUGAGCCAAGACAUAAUUGAUAAUAAGGAGUUCUACUUGAGCACAGAAGUCAGACCUCCAUUCACGUACGCCUCUCUCAUAAGACAGGCUAUAUUUGAAUCACCUCGGAAUCAGCUGACAUUAAACGAAAUCUACAACUGGUUCACAAGAAACUUUGCUUAUUUCAGGCGCAAUGCAGCAACCUGGAAGAAUGCUGUCAGACAUAAUCUGAGUCUGCAUAAGUGCUUUGUGCGUCUGGAGAACGUGAAGGGAGCUGUGUGGACGGUAGACGAGAUAGAGUUUCACAGAAGGCGGCCUCAGAAAGCUGCUGGGAAUGGAUACCUGUUGAAGAACUCUCAGAACCGCCAGAGUUUAGCUGGGUCUGCACUUCAGAGUGGUGAUCUGGAUCUCAGCAGCUCUCUCUACAACCCAGCCUCUCUGGGCAGCAUCCCACUGCACUCCCUGCCUCAUGUUCUCCAGGAGCAGAUGAACGGAGCUCUGGCUAAUGGAUCUGGAUACCAAAGCGACAGCAGUGCAACACAGUCCCCUCCACAAGCUUUUAUUAAAGAAGAGCAGGAGGAUGAGGAGAUAUGUGAAAAUUAUCCCUAUGAAUCUCCAGAGAGUACAGACGAGCAGGGUCACAGCCCAGAGAUGAACCAAGAUGAAGACAAUGGAAGCCCACAGAGAUUUAACCUUCAUCUCGAUCGCGUGCCUUCUCUCUGACGAUGAGGUCCCAAGUUUUCUACUGCAAGGUCGACUCGCUCUCAGCCGGUGUGACUUUGUAUUCCAAAUAUAAAAAAAAAAUGGCAUCAUCUACGUAACCAAACACUCAGUACUUGGGAUUUUAUUUUUCUUUUGAUAUUUUUCAGCAUUACUUUUUUUUGUUAUUAAUCAACCUUUUUUUGUUUUGUUUUGUACAGCUCAAUUAGAUCACUAAAACACAUUUGUGAAACUGUUUGUGAUUUUUCUUAUUUUAUAUAUAUAUCUCUCUAAAGUAAAGGACCACAACAAGCAGAGAAGCCAAAGGAAAGGGAACACUGCUAGUUAGCACUUCACAAUGAACGUUUCCACUCUUCAUAGCAGUUUUGUGCUGUGCUGGGGCCACACUACCUGAUUUUAUUUUAGUAGUCAUAAUAUAUAAAGAUUUGUAGACAAUGAAAAUAAAAUGUUGCUUAAAAAAAAUGAUAAUGUUCACUGCCAAUGUGAUCUGAUAUUUGUAUUUAAGGUAUAAUCAAUGAGUCGAUCAGAUGAACAUCUUCUUUAUACCUGUUGGUCUUUUUCACAUCCUCCAUGAACAGUGCUGAAUUUUGCUCUACCUGAGCUUGUAAAAGUAGAUAUUAUAGAUUUAUUGUUAUUGUAAACCAAUGCAUCUCUAUGAAUAUUAAAUUCCUCAUGAUCUGUGA